AUGGACCUACAGGGAGAGGGUAAGGACAUGGACCUACAGGGAGAGGGUAAGGACAUGGACCUACAGGGAGAGGGUAAGGACAUGGACCUACAGGGAGAGGGUAAGGACAUGACCUACGGGAGAGGGUAAGGACAUGGACCUACAGGGGAGGGUAAGGACAUGGACCUACAGGGAGAGGGUAAGGACAUGGACCUACAGGGAGAGUUUGGAUUGCACUGCCAUUUCAGAUCAACAUUUCACAUCUGUGUACCAAAGACAUACAGCAGGUGGUAGACGUGUGUUUGUCUUGUUCAGGACUAAUGAUUAAAGAACAGCCCAAUCAACAAACAUAGAGAGAAACAUCACAACUUUACUCCCUCUAACACUGCUCAUAACUGUGGUUCAGAGUUCCAGCCCCUGUCCUCUCCCCCUCGCUCCUCUCUGCGCUCCGGUCGCUCUCCAACCCGCUCCAGAGGCCGAGUCCGAGGCAGGGUGACCUUCGCUCAGGACUGUUCCAGUGACUACAACACCUCAGACGUGUCCACACCUGACCCUCAGGACCUCCAGCCCCACCUCCAGCCCCACCUCCAGCCGUAUGAUGCCCCUGUGGGCAGCGGACAGGCCCCAUGGACCCCCCCACUGGAGACGGACCCAGAGCCACAAGACCCGGUACAGGCCCCAAAAGCCUGGGCCUCCGAGUGCAGCCAUGCCCACUGGCCCUCCCUCUCCUCCAGCUUGACUCAACUACUCCAGCCCCUGGCUUCACCACCUCCCAGAGAUACAGAGCUGGACCUGGAGGCCCGGACCAGCAGACUGCUGAGGCUCACCUCAGGUUAGAAGGCUAAUCAAUUACCAACAGUCAUUUAGAGUACAGUUGUUUAUAAUAUUCUUCUAAGUAAAAUGCAGUAUAAUGCAGUAAUUAACAGUAUAUGGUGAUAACCAACUCACAGCCAGUAUCUGGAAAGUGGACCAUUACUAUCUGGUGAUAUCACUGUGUAGUAGUAGUAGUGGUGUCACUAACAGCAGGUUCAUGACUGGGUCUACUCGUUGCAUUUUCCUUGUGAAAACGUAUUCCGUAAUUUACGCUCAUGUUUCAUUUUAGCCACUAGAGGGCACACUUGUACAAGGAAACUAAAUACCCCAUGUAAGAGAACUGUACAGACCAGGGUCAAUGGUAGUAGUGGUCUCCUAGUCAUUGGCUACGUCCCAAACAGCACCCUCUAUUCCCUAUAGACCCUGGACCAAGGUGUGUAGUGCACUGUAUAGGGAAUACGGUGACAUUUAGGACACCAGUCUUUAUCUCCUCUUCAGACCAAGCUUCUUCUCUAAGAGAUGAGUGUGUUUAUGUCUCCUUCCCACUCAAGACCUGCAUGUAGCCACUCACCUGUCAGACGACUCCACUGUCCUCCGGCGGUUCUCUGAAGGGGCCAGUCGGUGCCAGAGUCCAGCCCCACGGAGUGUCUCUGUGGACAGGCUGCUGAAUCACCAGAGCCCCAGGCUUCAGCAGGCCUCCAGGCCUCAACAUGGAGGAUCUCCCCAGAGACAGAGCAUGAAGCAGAGCUGCCUGGACGCUCUUACUCCCCCUGGUCCAGUAGACUCCACUGGUCAGGCUGCUGGGUCCGGUCUCUACUCUGGCCUUUACAGCCCACCUCCCCUAGGGUCUGACCUGCAGACAGGCACCAGAUACAACUCUGUCAGCGCUACACAGGUCAACAUUUACAUUUAUAUUCUAGUUUGAUUUGAGGCUGCUCCAGCCAGAGACAACAGGGACAAAGUUAGUCAGCACAUGUUCCAACCCUGAACAACUUAUAGUGAAUGCAAAUAUGUGCCAACUUUAAUUACUGAUAUUUUUAUACAACACACACAUGUUUUUACAUGUACAUUUUUUUUUGUCAUUUAGCAGACGCUCUUAUCCAGAGCGACUUACAGUUAGUGAGCGCAUACAUUUUUUUUCAUACUGGUCCCCCCCGUGGGAAUCGAACCCACAACCCUGGCGUUGCAAGCACCAUGCUCUACCAACUGAGCUACACGGGACCAUAUCAAAAGUAGCCUACAGUUUGAUUACAGAAGUGCCAUCAGAAGCUUUGUGGUCACUGCUCAGUGGUGUAUAGUGGGUCAACAGCUGCCUGCGUCAACAGCACUAGAAUAGCAGCAGCCCCAAUUAUUCCAUUACAGUCAUUCCAAAGCACCUUGGUUGUUGCAUGAGGUGACAGGCCUUAAUGCUAAUGCAGGGAGCCUGUGGUCCGUGGCCCUACAGUAAGCCUACGUGGGUUUGACAGUAUUUCUCACAUCCCCAAGCCAAACCCCCCCAUGGAGAGCAAUCUCCCCAAACGGAAUUAAGUCUUACUGCCUUGGGAAAUGGAGACAUUUAUUUGAGAAAGCUCGUUUAAUUGAGGGAUGAGCGUUUGGGUAAGACAACGCUGGCUUUGAGGCCUCUCUUAUCUGUUCAUAACCAAGGAGAGUAAUUCGCUGUGAAAAUAUUGGGUUACCUGUGUGAUUGGCAGGGAAAUUGGACAUAGGGUACUGAGGAGGAGGACCUGUGGCUUAAAAAGGGUUCUGGAGGGAGUGUUGGGUUAGGAGCAUUAGGGUUGGGUCAAAAUUGGCACCCUAUUCCCUAUAUAGUGUGCACUACUUUUUUAUCAGGGCCCUAUGGGGUAGUGCACUAUAAAUGGAAUAGGCUACCAUUUGGGUGGAGCGUUAGUAAUGUGAGAGGAGUGGGAACCCGGUCUUAUCUCAAUACAUUCCCUCUCACAACACAGUGACGCACACACAGACAAUUUGGUCCGGCGCUCGGUCGGCCUAAAACACUAAAUCUAACGUAGAAAGAGUAACUUUCUAGUGAGGCGAGAUCACAGCGUUAGAAACAUUGCCCCGUCUUAUUGUUAUUGAAACAAGGAUAUUUUUUUUAAAUGUGGCCGUCGUGACAAACUUCUGUUUUCACUCGAACGUUAAGGCCUUACCAUUGUAUUUCCAGAGCUCCAGACCAGGGCUUGGUGACUGCCACUCUGUGCCCAGGAACCCCUCACCUCAGCCUGGGGUGGCAGAGCUCUCCUCCUCCCUGAGAGGACUCCUGGACCUGGUGGACCAGCACUGGGUUGGCACACGCUCCCUCCACCUCAACCCCAGCUUCCUGGGUACACAAUCAGUGACUACCCUACGUCCCAAAUGGCACCCUAUUCCAUAUGUAGUGCACUACUUUUGACCACUGUAUCGUCAUCAUCACUCACACAAACUGAUGAAUCAGGCCUGCCAUUGUAACCAUUCUAGAUGUUUUUUUCUCAGACUAAGAAACGAGUUAGUCCUAUGCUUGGCAUUGCAACCUAACAAGAAACUUUCUAGACACUGUUCUCAGACUGUGUCACUUCCUGUCUUCUGUCUUCUCCAGGCCAGGCCUACGACCUGCUCUCUGCCCUGGGAUCACCUCCUGCUGCUCCCUGUCUGAGAGAGACAGAACAGAAGGGAGACGGACAGAACAGAGGAGGAGGAGAACAGAGUGGGAGUCCUGCUGAUGUGACUCCACAGUGCAGUGAAAUAGCUCUCCUGAAGAGGAAGCUGACCGUCACACAACAGCAGCUGGUUAGUACCUCAACAACACUAGGGUUGCGUCCCAAAUGCCACCCUAUUCCCUACUGAAUAUAGUGCACUACUUUUGACCAUGGCCCAUAGAGCAAAACAGACAAUAAUUUGGCACCAGAAUCUGAAUUGAAUUAGGUUAAAUCCUGACCUAAAUUAUCUUCUCUCAGGGGGCAAAAUCCUAACUUCCAUUUAAGUCAAAAAAAAUGUCACUUAAUCUCCCGUUGACAUCAACGCAUGACUAAGUGAAAAUUCAUCUUAAGUGGAAUUAAGGAUUUGUCCCCUCGGCGUCUCUAUUUGUCUGUGUUGCAGGAAUCCCUGAAGAAAAGGCUUGUUGAGGCGCUGAAAGAAAACUACAACUUGAGACUAACCAGCCUGAAGCAGGACUCCUCUACCACUGCUGAGACCAACUGUGAGUUGCCUUGGCUAUGACACAGUGUAUGUCUUUGGGAUGGUGUGGACAAGUAUCUCUCUCUCUUCUCUCUCUCUCUCUCUCUCUCUCUCUCUCUCUCUCUCUCUCUCUCUCUCUCUCUCUCUCUCUCUCUGCUCUCACUCUGCUCUCACUCUCUGCUCUCACUCUCUGUGUAUGUGUAUGUGUGUGUGUGUGUGCACGUGCGUGCUUGUGUGUGAGUGUGUGUAGGUGGCAGGCAGUGGGACAGGUGUCUACAGAGACAGGUGAAUGCUCUGAGAGAGCAGGAGACACACCUGAGACAGCUGGAACAGACCAUGGUGCUUCUACAGGGCAAUCACAGGUCAAUACACACACACACACACACACACACACACACACACACACACACACACACACACACACACACACACACACACACACACACACACACACACACACAUACAAUUAACUCAAAAUUCUGUCCGUCAAAAGUCUGUGCCAAGACUCAGCUUUUUGUCAUGUAUUUUCCACAGGUGUUUGGUGUCCAAUAAUAACUCUCUGUUGGGACAUCUAAAUGAACACACAACAGAAGUCCAGAGUCCAGAGUCCAGAGAAUCCAGCCAGCAGACUAAUCUAAUGACUUCAACAUCGGAGAUCAAUUCAUAGCCUACCCCUGAGUAGCCAAGCCUUUGUCCAGAUUGUACUGCGUUCUAAUUAAUAAAGCUUACUCUGUAAACUUUGUAGGCUAUGUUUGGCAUACUGUGAAAUACAGGCCUAUUGCAAAAUGUCUUUGUAAUAGGCCGGGUUUUUAUAUGCACUCAAAUGCAUUUAUCAAAUAAAAAAUGUUCACCACAUCACCUCACUUCCAAGGAAAGAUCAUGUUAGUUAUCAUAAUACACUUUUUCUGUAUGUCAUUUAUGUAAUUACAUGAUAACAAAGUGAUGUUUUCAAUCAACCUCCAAAGCUGCUUGGUUUUCCUCCUUUCACGUGAGAUGAAUGACGUCACGCGCGAGCUCCAAUGUAAAUGACGUCACGUCGUUCCAGAUAAAACGGCUCCUCUCAGACAGCGGUCAACUGACUACAAACUCUGCUUUCUUCGCAAAUAACCCGCCUAUCUUUUCAAACAGUAGUGCAUGUUUUCAACAAUUUGCUAAAAUAGGCUACUACAAAGAUUGAGUAGGAAGAAGGUAGCUAAAAGAUAGCUGAUGAAUAAUGAAUUGCGGUGAUUUUGCUAGCUAGCCAGGUGUUAGCAACGGGCAAAGUGAAGAGGACUAGGAGAGGAGACCAUAGUUGCUGCUAGCUAGGUUUAUAGCUAGCUUACUGUUUCUUGUCUGGAUUUUGCGCAAAGUUUGUAAAAGAGUAAGCUACUAAUGCCAAAUGGCAACUGAGCAGGACAAUCAAUUUUGCUCCUUCAAUGUUGGUGGAUGUUUUUUCUCCAUCCAGCUCAACCGACUUUCUCACCUUCAAGACUCCUUGCUGUUCAAAGACACUUCUUCUGAUCAGACUCCACGAUGGUUUAUCGACAGAGACGGAUGCACAUUCAGACAUGUACAUUAUUAUCUACAAACUGGAAAACUAGCUUCAUCAUGUGUAUCAGAACUAAAUAUUUUAUAUGAGCUUACUGCAGGUCUACGCCUAACGUCACUGCUACAGGUAAAUCAAUUAAUCAAUCAACCCCUUGCUGUUUGCAAAGUAAAGGACAUGCAUGAUUAUUAGUCUGCCUUAUGUGGUAAAGAAAGGCAGCUAGGCUACUGUUGUUUUUCGCAACAUCAUUCAAUCAAGGUCAAAACAAUAAGGCUGCAUUUAGACGGGCAGCCCAAUUCUGAGAUUUUUUUCACUAAUUGGUCUUUUGACCAAUCAGAUCACCUCUGAAAAAGAUUUGAUGUGAAAGAUCUGAUGUGAUUGGUCAAAAGACAUUGUACUACAUCAUUGAGUCUAACAUACAAUUAUACUGGACAAGCUUUUAAGAAUAAGUUAACUUAUGUCUAAAAUAUUUCAUGUUUACUCUAUCAUAAUUUAUACUGUAUAUCCUAUUGUGUACAUAUCAAUUGUAUUACUAUGCAUACUACCUUCCUCUAAUUACUUGUUCUUUUUUAUUAGAAUUUGACUAUUAUUGAUAUUGAUACUGUACUGCAAUGUUGAGGGAGCUUUUAUACCCGGUGCUGUAAACUGUAUGUGACAAAUAACAUUUGAUUUGAUUUGAUAUGAAGUGGGCCUACUCAUGAUUUAUGUCCUCUGUUCAUUUCCCACCAGGCCUUAGAGAACCUCAAGUCAGGGAAGCAUUUCCUGCGAGCCCGGCCAGUAGACCUACAGGUGACUGAGAGAGCCACUCUGAACUACUGGAAGACCAGAAUCUAUAACACCAGACAGCCUGAACCCCUAGCCAGCCCAGUGUCCUCAGGUAGGCCCCCCCUAGCCAGCCCAGUGUCCUCAGGUAGGUAACACCAGACAGCCUGAACCCCUAGCCAGCCCAGUGUCCUCAGGUAGGCCCCCCUAGCCAGCCCAGUGUCCUCAGGUAGGUAACACCAGACAGCCUGAACCCCUAGCCAGCCCAGUGUCCUCAGGUAGGCCCCCCCUAGCCAGCCCAGUGUCCUCAGGUAGGUACCAACAGCCUGUAGCCCCCAGUGUCCUCCCCCCUACCCCAGCCAGCCCAGUGUCCUCAGUAGGCCCCCCUAGCCAGCCCAGUGUCCUCAGGUAGGUAACACCAGACAGCCUGAACCCCUAGCCAGCCCAGUGUCCUCAGGUAGGUAAGCCCAGGCCUCAGGUAGACCCCCCCUAACAGUGUCCUCAGGUAGGUAACACCAGCACAAGCUCAAUACAUGUUAUUAUGGCUGGACAAUAGCUAAAGUCCCUCACCAGUCUUGAACCCGGGCUUCCCAGACUGUAGGCAAACUGUCUUAACUACUCCCAAUACCCACUGGAGGAAGCUCCUACCUUGCUUACACAGGCAAGGAUUGCUACAAUAUGAUGUCACUGUGUUGUUGUGUUGUUGUGUAGUUCAUGACGCGGUACCCCUGGGUUUGGUGGGGACUCCUCUGGUCGACGGUGAUGAGGAGGCGCUGUACUGCUUCGUUCCCAUGGAGACAGUCCGCCUGUACCCCGCACUGGUGACGCCUCACAACCUGCUGUGGCUGUGUGACGACCUGGCCGUCAUCGAGUGUGACAGCCCUCUCUUCAGAUUCAUAGGUAAGCUUCACUUAAUGAUUGACUUAGGUCAAGGGACCAUAGGCCAUCGACGACUCAUCUCUUAUCAAAAUCUGUUCUGGGCAGUGAGUCUUCUCAACCUUGUUCCGCCCCAUUCCGGAUGUUUUGGUGUCUGUCACAAGCUCCAGCUUUCCGUCAGUCAUAUCCAACAAAGAAAUUAAAAUCAUACUAAAACUAAAAAUCUAGAAAACUCUACAAGUAUCGUACCCUUAUUACACCCUCAUAACAACCAAAAACACAUCAAUAGAAACUCAAUGCAAGCUACUCUCUUCAGGCUCAUAGGAAACUCAAUGCAAGGUGUAUUGGUUCAUUGUCCUGUUGAAAAACAAUCCUGUUGAAAAACAAAUGAUAGUCCCACUAAUCCCAAACCAGAUGGGAUGGCGUAUCGCUGCAGAAUGCUGUGGUAGCCAUGCUGGUUAAGUGUGCCUUGAAUUCUAAAUAAAUCACAGACAGUGUCACCAGUUCUUGACAGUUCUUGACAUUUUCCGUAUUGACUGACCUUCAUGUCUUAAAGUAAUGAUGGACUGUCGUUUCUCUUUGCUUAUUUGAGCUGUUCUUGCCAUAAUAUGGACUUGGUCUUUUACCAAAUAGGGCUAUCUUCUGUAUACCACCCCUACCUUGUCACAACACAACUGAUUGGCUCAAACGCAUUAAGAAGGAAAGAAAUUCCACAAAUUAACUUUUAAGAAGGCACACCUGUUAAUUGAAAUGCAUUCCAGGUGACUACCUCAUGAAGCUGGUUGAGAGAAUGCCAAGAGUGUGCAAAGCUGUCAUCAAGGCAAAGGGUGGCUAUUUGAAGAAUCUCAAAUAUAAAAUAUAUUUUGAUUUGUUUAACACUUUUUUGGUUACUCCAUGAUUCCAUAUGUUACUUGGCGUUACCUUAGACUGUAAACUAUUAUGGUCAGAACAUAUAGAUGAAAUGGUUGUAAAGAUGGGGAGAGGUCUGUCCGUAAUAAAGAGAUGCUCUGCUUUUUUGACACCACACUCCACAAAGCAAGUUCUGCAGGCUCUAGUGUUGUCUUAUCUUGAUUAUUGUCCAGUCGUGUGGUCCAGUGCUGCAAAGAAGGACCUAGUUAAGCUGUAGCUGGCCCAGAACAGAGGGCUGAUAUUAAUACUAUGCACGCAAAUCUCUCUUGGCUAAGAGUUGAGGAGAGACUGACUGCAUCACUUAUUAUUUUUAUUAGAAACAUUAAUGUGUUGAAAAUCCCAAAUUGUUUGCAUAGUCGACUUACACACAGCUCUGACACACACACUUACCCCACCAGACAUGCCACCAGGGGUCUUUUCACAGUCCCCAAAUCCAGAACAAAUUCCAGAAAGCUUACAGUAUCAUAUAGAGCCAUUAUUGCUUGGAACUCCGUUCCAUCUCAUAUUGCUCAAAUAAACAGCAAACCUGGUUUCAAAAAACAGAUAAAGCAACACCUCACGGCACAACGCCUCUCCCCUAUUUGACCUAGAUAGUUUGUGUGUAUGUAUUGAUAUGUAGGCUACGAGAUGUAGUUCUGUCCUUGAGCUGUUCUUGUCUAUUAAUGUUCUGUAUUAUGUCAUGUUUCAUGUUCUGUGUGGACCCCAGGAAGAGUAGCUGCUGCUUUCGCAACAGCUAAUGGGGAUCCUAAUAAAAUACCAAAAUAUGUGUUAUUUCAUAGUUUUGAUAUCUUCACUAUUAUUCUACAAUGUAAAAAAUUUGUAAAAAAUGAAGAAAAACCCUUGAAUGAGUAGGUGUGUCCAAACUUUUUGACUGGUAGCGUAUGGCCAAUGUGUACAGUGGGGAAAAAAAGUAUUUAGUCAGCCACCAAUUGUGCAAGUUCUCCCACUUAAAAAGAUGAGAGAGGCCUGUAAUUUUCAUCAUAGGUACACGUCAACUAUGACAGACAAAUUGAGGAAAAGAAAUCCAGAAAAUCACAUUGUAGGAUUUUUUAUGAAUUUAUUUGCAAAUUAUGGUGGUAGCGUAUGGCCAAUGUGUGAAUGUGUCUGUAUUUCUGUGUGUAUCUCUGAGAAUGUGAAGAAGAAGCGUCUCCUAACCGUUGAGGAGAGUGAUGUGUGUCUGUGUUCCGUUCAGCUAAUUAUCUUCAGACUGGAAAGAUCUUGCUGCCGGAGGAGUUCAGUGA